CAGCGUGCCCAUCAUUAAGAGGACAAGGCCAUCCUCUACUGCUGUAACUUAUCAUCGAAGAGUAUGGCGGCAGCAGAAGCCUCCUCCUCCCCCAAUCCGCCGCGUCCUGACCUCCGCCGCCGCCAGCGCCGCCUCGUAUUCGACCGGCGCUACGGAUGGAUUUUCGACGAAUGGACGGACCCGGCCGUCGCCGCCCUCUCCGGUGGCAGGGGAAUGUUCUGCGUACUCCCGAUGGCUCAGUCGCUGAUGAGCGCGGCCGCAUAUUCGGUUGACUAUGCAACCGAUUCAGUUAGCGCAGCUCUUAAACGCCCUGACAUUUUCUCCCCACUGGCAUAUCUUCCUCACCUGCAAUUGCAUAGGAAGCAACAAACUUGGUUCGACGGACUUGAGCGAUCUGGAGUCGUAGCUGAUACCAAGUUAAUACCAUGUAGUACUCUGUAAGCGGAAUAUGGAAAGAAUGCACAAGUCAGUUCUGUCGGCGAAACACGCGUGGCCUCCUAACAAUGUCCGAAAGAUAGCAUGGUCAAAAUCUUGAAAUGCUAGCAAGAUUUCGCCUGGUCUUGUGCAAUUGGUUUUUAUUACUUCCGUGUAUCUCUGAUAUUAUCCUUCUCAAUACUUUUUGGAUUAAUUU